CAUUUUUUUCCUGUCAGUUACUAACUUAAUUAGUACCUGAAAUCCUAAAACAUGAUUAAUUAGUCUCAGUUUGAUUCUUUCUUCUCUUCUUCAAGAUAGACAAAUUUUUCCUUAAUUAAUCCAAAACUUCCUUCCUCUUCAUCUUCAAGAAAUUAACAACAUUUUUUUAACCGUAUAAUUUCAUGGCAACGAAGCCUGGCAAUGGUUUCUUAGGGUUCCAAGUUAUCUUCCGGUUUCUGGCAAUAGCGGGCACCAUUGCUGCCGCCUACCUCAUAAUCACCACUACGCAAACCAUAUCACUUUUUGGGAUUCAGUUUAGUGCUCGUUAUAAUUAUUCUUCAGCUUACAAAUUCUUCGCGUAUGCAAAUUGUGCUGCUGCUGGCCUUUCGUUCUUUACCCUCAUGUCUGUUCUACUCAUUAGGCCUGGGAACUACUUCAUUGUGUUCCUCCAUGAUUUGGUUGUAGGAAUGUGUUUAAUGGCUGCGUGUGCAGCAGCUACUGCAUUUGGAUUCAUAGGGAAAUACGGGAAUAGCCACACGGGUUGGUCACAAAUUUGUGACAAAUUCGCCAAAUACUGCGACAAGGUGACCUACGCUGUGGGAGCUUCUUAUGCUGCUGUCGUUUUUUACUUCAUCCUCACCAUCAUGUGUGCCUACAAAUCCAACACCCCUCAAUGAAGAACCAGUUGAAUCUUUGUUUAGAGUGGGUGGAGGAAAUCAAUUAAUUCAUUAAUAUGCGAUAGGGAUUAAUUAAUUUUUUUAGUGACUUCUCUUUUGGUUAAUUUCGUUGUCUUUUGUUUAAUUAGUGUAGAUCCUUAUGAUUAAAUCACUAGGAAUUGAUUUUUUGUGAACCUAUUCUUUAUGAACCUUAGGCUUAUCAGUUGAUCUUUAUUGUUUGAUUACAAUUGUAGUUUGUCCUUUUAAUUGCACAAAGGCCACAAGCAUUUGGCUCCCUUUAGUCAAUU